AUGACUGAAGCGGAAAUCACCAAAGAAGAGCCUAAAAUUGAGGCCAUCACAAACAUCUUGAAAGAUGAGCUUAAUCUGACAUCGCACCAGAUUGACCGGGAGAAAGAAAAAAGGAAAUUUGUUCCCCAGAAGCCCACUGAAGAAGAGAUAAACAAGAUCAAAGCAGCAGAUCCAGAACGGUUCGGUGCUAAUCUGAUCCAAAUCAAGAAGGGGCAGGUCAACUUGAACCCACUUACACCGAGAGAACAAGAGAAAGAAGGCAAGUUUUGGCUGAAAUCAUCCAUUCAGGGGUGA